AUGUCUCCUGCAAUGCAAGACGAGACUGACACAGAAGUCAGUCACCUCAUCCUGGUGGACGCGUGGGGUUUCCCUGAGCAACCUCAGCCUCAGUUAGAGGGGUCAGGAGGUCAAGGGUCAGAGGUUAAAAGGGUCUCACCGCCUCGCUGGGUGAAAGCUCUGGUGUCAGUGUUCAGGCUCUUCAACCCGCUGGCCGUCUUCAGAGCAGCCGGACCCUGGGGUCCAGGGCUGGUCAACCGAUUCCGUCCCGACUUCAAGAGGAAGUUUGAGGAUCUGUUUGAAGACGACACUAUGAUGCAAUACAUUUACCACUGUAACGCUCAGAACCCAAGCGGUGAGGUGGGUUUCAAAGCCAUGUCUGAGUCGAUCGGCUGGGCCAAGAGGCCGAUGGUUCAGCGUGUUCAUCUGCUGCCACCGUCGAUGCCCGUCAGCUUGCUGUACGGCGCGCUGUCCUGGGUGGACCCAUCCACUGGAAAGACAGUCGUUCAGAUCAGAGGCAAAAGCCCCACCAGCGUCACACUGAUCGAAGAUGCUUCCCAUCACGUCUACGCCGAUCAGCCAGAAGAGUUCAACCGAGUAGUUGAGAGUAUUUGUAAUACAGUUGACUAAAUAUGAUGCACAUUGGUUUGUAGGUGCAGGUGUCUAUAUUUUUGAAAGAGGUCUGUCCCGUGUUUGUGGGAUCAGGUUGAUAGAAACAUUUAAAAGCUAAGCUGUUCUCAGACCUUGUCGCUUCAUAUUCAGAUUGUACUGUUUGUGGCCUUUAAUGUGGAAAGGCUCAGUGAUUAUACUGCAGGAUUCAAUGGAAACUGGUUGUAUUUGUAUUUUCUAACCUAUCCAUCUUAUUCUUCCGGUUCAUUAGCCACU